GUUCUUCACUCCAGCCCCGGACCAGACACAGAAGACAUCACGGUCAUCUACAACUCUAGGUUUGGAACCCGAACUAGCUUCAGGAACAAUGGCAAACUGGGGCGGCUCUCCCAAAGUGACCCUCUUCGAGAAACCCAAUUUUUGCGGUUGCCGUCUUGAAGUCUACAGGAAUCUUCCAGAAUUGGGGAACUUUGACAACUCGGUUUCCUCGGCCGUUGUACACGAGGGAGAUUGGGCCCUUUACUCCGAGAUCAAAUACUCUGGAGCGCGGUUGGUCAUAAAAGAAGGACAGUGCUACGCUACACUUCCUGGCGUGAAUAACGCUGCUUCCUCCAUCUGUAAAAUGUGAGGUG